CUGGCUGUGGAUGCUUCAAACGGGUCGAGAACAAUCGGCCUCAUGUUGAAGACCGGCGAGGACCAAGAAUAAGAUCUCUGGAAAUGUAAAUAAUGCAAAGACAGUGAAUCUGUGAGGGAUCGUCACUGGCAGAGGUGUUGGGAUGAAGCUCCAUGAGAAGAUCUUGACCCAUUAUCUCUCAUGCACCUCUCCUGUCGACAAAGAGGGAUAUCUCUACAAAAAGAAAGAGAGAAACGCCACCUACCGCCGGCGCUGGUUCGUCCUGAAGGCCAACCUGCUCUUCUACCAGGAGCGUCCGGGGGACCGUCACCUGCUGGGGGUCAUCGUGCUGGAGGGGUGCUCGGUCCGGCGCUCGGAGUCCGACGUAGAGUUUGCCUUCUCCCUGGUGUUCGAGGGGCCGGGACUCAAAACCUACAGGUUUGCAGCGCGGGACGGCCAGACUCAGGAGAGCUGGGUGCAAACUCUGGUCUCCGCCAGCCACUGUUACCUCUCCCUGCUGGUGGGGGACCUGGGGAGGCAGUAUGAAGAAGCCAAACAGCAACAGGGCUCCGGAGGGGCCCGUCCCCAGAGCUCCUGGUCCAAACAGCCCGCCGGCGACCUCGCCCUCGCCGCGCAGGGGCCGACCGCCGAGGUCAGACCGGGGAGGAGCUUCAGUGCCGGCACGGUUCUACAAGCCCCGUCGAUGCCCACCAAGGCGGUGGCUAAAAAGUCCCCUAAGCUGUGGCCCAGGAGACACGCUCACGUCACGCCGCUCAAUGGGCCGGCGCCCUCGUACGGCGAAUGGCCCCUGGUGGGUUUCGAUCCCCUCGAGGACUUUGGUAAACUUCACGAUCAUUACGGCCAGGAAGUGAAGAGAGCGAGAGAGGAGUGGCUGAGGAGUCGACGGGCGCGAGAGGAGCACACGGACGGGGAACUCGUCAGCCUCGAGUGAAGGAAGCGCCGCAUCUCACCACCGCUAGAGAGGAAGUGAGAUCAUGUGUGUCAAAAGGGAAGUGAUGAGGGUUCGAUUGUGUUUGAGGCCGAGGACGCCUGCGCACGUGCUAAAUGUUCCCUCCGUCUCGUACGCUGGCAGCCGUAAACGGUCCCCAGCAUGUACCAAGGAACAAGAGACGAUGCGCACACAGAGGAGUCAUAACACAUGUUGUAAUUCAUCCGUGGAAGAAGCCCUCGUUGUUUGUGCUGCUAAUUGUGUUAAAUAUAUUCCUGCAUAUCUGCUAAGCGGUUUAGUCUUCGAAUGACACCAUUUUAAAGUGUAUCCAUCACAUAGAAAGGUUUUCUGUUGCAGUAUUAAGCAAAUUUGUAUUAUAUAUUUUCAAAUGCAUAGAAAAUAAAACUUGUUGACUAAAAUGU